AUGGAUCAAAUCCAUAUGGCCAUGCCGCGGGGCCGGAAGAAAAAAAAAAAAAAUUACUUCGGACGCCGCGUUCUGGCCCCGCGUGUGAGCCCCGCGGUGCACAAAGCAUUUCUCAAUUCACCAUAAUUUGUCCUCGUGGGCCUGGCAAAUCUCUAAAUAAAACCGCAAUGUCCCUCCCCAAUCUUUCCAUGGCAUUUCCUGCUCCCUCCCAGCGCGUCGCCUCAUGGUUCCCUCUAGCUCGCACCCUGUUUCCAUAGCCAGAUAUACCUAACAUCUCUGUUCUGACAUGUUCAGAGAUAGUGCGUUCACACUGCAACCGUAAUCCAUGGUUUCGUUUCGCCAUGUUUCCUUCCCUUUCUUCCUAUGCCUUCUCUUCCUCAUAUUCCUUUUCCUUCCCACUGCCGGCAAUCCCCUCUACUACUAUUGUGGCACCACCGGCAACUACAACGCCAACAGCACCUAUGAGUCCAACCUCAUGAACCUCCUCCUCCCUUCCCUUGCCUCCAACGCUUCUCUCUCCGGUGGCUUCCUCAACGCCACCGUCGGCCAAAUCCCAGACCAAAUCUACGGCCUCGCCAUGUGCCGCGGCGACACCAACGCCUCCGUCUGCCGCUCCUGCCUCAACAACGCAAUCCAAGACGCCCCCCAGCUCUGCUCGUACAACAAAGGCGCCACCGUUGAGUACGACGACUGCCUUCUCCGCUACUCUAACCAGCGUUUCUUCUCGACCGUCGAUACCUCGAUGCGGGUGUUCAUGCGGAACCACCACAACGUGACCGACCGCAGCCGGUUCGACAAGAUUGUGGACGAGCUUAUGAGCAAAAUCACCGAUUGGGCCGUCUCCAACUCGACAAGGAGGUUCGCCACCGGGCAGAUGGUGAACUCCACCAAGGCUCCUUUUCCUGAGAUAUAUGGGCUGGUGCAGUGCACACAGGACCUGUCGCCCAGCCAGUGCCAGCAGUGCCUCCAAAGUAUCCUUCAGCCGAGACCGACACAGCUAGAGGGGAAGCAGGGAGGGAGGGUAAUCGCAGCGAGCUGCAAUUUUAGGUACGAGAUAUACAAGUUCUUCGACGGGGCAGCGACGCUAAGACUUGAGGAGCCGCUGGAGAACUCACCGGCGCCGGCGCCUGCCACGUUAGUGCCUCCACCUAUCAACCCUCCUAAUGAAGAAG